UAGUAGUAGUACUAGUAGUAGUAGCAGUAGCAGCAAUAUUUCACCCAUUACUCCAACGCCUUCCUCGCUAAAAAACUCGUAUCAAUAUCCUUUACGGCCACAGCAGCAGCCACAACCACAGCAACAGCAACAGCCCUAUCACCAUGAGUACCAACAACGUACAAAUGAUAAAUUAAGAAAUACGCAUACGAGAAGACCCACAUUAGCGCAACAGCAACAUGAAAAAACGGAGGAGUUCUCAGCUGCCGUCUCAUGGCCCAUAUUGUUAGCCAUUGUUCCCACGUUAGGGGCAUUCAUCGUUGGAAAUGCGGAUGUUUGGAGUGAUCUUAUCAUGGUAUUAUUAGUGCUAUACUAUGUUUAUAUGUGGAUCACAGUGCCUUGGUCCUAUUAUGAAGGAGCACGAUCCCGACGCAUUUCUCAUUACCAGCAUCGCGGACACGAAAUAGACGAUGCAUACGACGAUGAAAAUGUGAGAGCAGCCAGACUUUCACAACGGAAGCGGAUGGUUCAAGAAGAACUACGGCGACAUGAAUUGCUGGGAUUGCUCUGGGUGAUCGUGUCACCAGCGAUCGCAGCUUACACCUUGCAGUAUAGCCGGUAUGUUCUAACGAAUCAUGAGAAAUACAUGAGUAGCUUCAAUAUCAAGGUAUUCGUCAUUGGCGCGAGCAUUAAGCCUCUGAUUCAUGUGAUGGCCCUUUUACGAGAAAGAACCUUGUUCUUGCAAAGUGAAAUGCAAGUGGAUGAAACCGACCUGGAACUGCUACAAAAAAAGAUGGAGUUAUUAAAGGAUGAGUUGGAUGUGCUCAAGAAAGCAAUGGCCACAAAGAAAGAUCUAGGACAAGUUACUCAAAAUAUUACACCGAGCAUACAGCAACUAUCAAAAGCAUUCAAAAACUUUGAAAAGAAAGAAAGUCAACUGAAAACAUGGUCAGAAGACAGGUUCACUGAAGUAAACAAAAAGUUCCAGGACGUCGACCAAUUUAUUUGUUAUAGCGUGGAGCAAGAACAACGUCGAUCUAUUGUGGCCACAUUGAUGUUUUUGCCCAUCCAUAUCGUCUUUUGGACUCUAAAAAGAGCUUCUGCUUUGUUACCCAUCCCAAAUUUGUUAUUGAACCUUACAACAACAACAACAGGGUCGUUCAUGACGCCGACAAUGAUGAGUCAUAAAAAAAGGCCUAUAGGUCAGUUAACCCAUACAGCAUCAGUAUCAGCAGCAGCAACAGCAGCAGCUAGGGCAACGACAGCCCAAGGGCCUCUCUGCUCUCCGCAAGGCAUCCAUCCUGAUUUGAAAAGACGAUCCACUUCAGCUAGUCAUAGUACAACGAUGGCUAGUUUUUCUUAAUGAGAACACUUUGUGAGGAUCGUAGUUUUUGCAUUUCAUUCCAUAUAUACCCAACCAAAAAGAAAAAAAAAAAUUACAAAACCUCCCAACCAUCAUGGCUU